AACCAUUCAUGGAGGAUGCCAAUCUUCUUUUCAAAAGCUCUUUCCAGUGCACUAACUUAUCGUUUGACAUUUUACUUCUGUUUGUUCGUAAUAACAUGAAAACUAGCAAACCAAAGUCAUGAUAACUUCUUAACUCCAGCGUCUCUAAAAUCUCUAAACAAUCGUAGCUCGCUUGGGAUUGGUCGGCUAUCGACGUGACCUCUGAACUGAAAUGUCACACGAUUGUGACGUCAUGAUAUGCGACUUUCUGAUCACAGGCAUGCCUUCUUCUGCAGGUGAAUACUCCGUAAAGUGUUAUUUAGCUACAUUUAUUUAGCCAAAUUAUCAUCCAAAACAAGUGCAUGUAGAUAUUGGGUCUCCGGACUCCUUAUCGAAAUAAUAAAACCGGCAAGCUGGUUGUUUGUUUAUAGGCAAUGUCAAUUAAAGUCUCUAGCUAGCUAAUUAGUUUGAACCUCGUUUCUUAAAGUAUCCCUGACUUCACUUGACUGUUUUUUUUGUUCAACACAGACAUGAGACAGCACAUCUGACAGUGUACAGUAGUAGUAUAUUGUUACUAACUAUGAGCUCCCUCCUGAUAUUAAAAACAAGAAUAUGUCUGAAAUACAUUAGCCCACUCUUUAAUCCAAGCACUGCUGGCUUUACUCCCCUGAAUAAUGUGAUUAGCAAGCUAUCAGUUAGUUCCAGACUUUUAUGCACUAAAGGAGGGAGUAGACAUGCAGGUAACAAUAGGAAAGAGGACAGACAGAGGGAAUUCAAUAUCAGAGAGAGGCUCCCUUUUCCCAAGUCAGUGUUUGCUGCUGGGACAGCCAAGAGAACUGCUGAGUACCAAAAGAAGAGGGCUGAGGAGGAACCAGACUUCCCCAGAAAGAACAAGAGAGUGGAACCCCCAGACCACCCUCUCACUGCCUCAGAAUGGAAGAGCCUAAAAUUGACUUCACCGAAUCCUGAUCGCUUUGACGUCCGGAUGAUUUCAUCAAUGCUGGCCGAUGGGACAGACAUCAACGUGGCCAAGUCCCUGCUGGCCUAUGUUGCCAUGGAUACCGGUACGCUGUCUUACGAGCUGCUACUGCGGUACCUCACCCUGUGUGUCGGCAGCGGCCACCACUCUGAGGUGUUUGACAUGUAUGAUAUCAUGAGGAGCCGGUUCAGGACAUUAGACACUGGAGCCUCCAGCCUGUUCAUAAAAGGCUUCAGCAGGACAGAACGCUGGAAGGAGGCGCUGACCAUUCUGGAGAACAUCAAGAGGGCUAUCACGCCAUCACCGCGUAACUACGGCGAUACCAUCGCUGGGGCGGUGCUGCAUGGUGACGGUGACACUGCUUGGGCCCUGUAUGCUGAGCUGAUGGAGAAGGGCCUCAUUCCCAACCAGGAGACAUGGCAGGCCCUGUUCCAGUGUGGUCUCUCUCAUCAGGGCCACGAGGACGGGCUGCAGGCCAUCCUGCUCCAUAUGAGGGACAACCAGAUCUAUCCCGAGGAGACUCUGGCUAAAGAUAUCAAAGCUUGGUUUGAUAGUCUUCCAGAACAGAAGUGGAUUGGAAGCUGGUCCACCGUAGACCCCAGGGGAGUGUGUCGGAGCUGCCAGGCAGAGCUGGAGUCCAUCCAGCUGAGUCGGGAGGAGUACACCCAGCUCAAAGACAGGGUGAUGGGGGACGUGAUCCAAGGCAGAGACGUCUUCAAUAAGACCACUCCAGAGGAGCUGGAGAGCUUCAAGAACUUUGUCAAGCGGAAGCCGGCCUUUGACGUGGUCAUAGAUGGACUCAACGUGGCCAACAUCGGCAUCAAAGGGAACCAGUCGCAGACGGUGGACUCGAAUGAAGUUGUAGAAACAUCCUCAAGGAUGAUCAAUGGAAACAGGAUGCACCUGAGCUCUUUUUCAAGUGUCAUCGCAAAGGGUCUGAAUACUUAUGUAAAUAAGCUCCUGGAGGUGGUGUCGGAGCUGGAGCGCCAGGGCCUAGUCAUCCUGGUCCUGGGGAGGAAGCACAUGCAGCGGCCCUCACGCAGCUGGGACAGACAUGACAUGAGCUUGGUCCAGCAGAAGGCCCACUGCUUCUUCACUGACAACAUUUCUGAAGAUGACCCUUUCCUGCUGUAUGCCACACUGCACUCUGGGAACCACUGCAACUUUGUUAGCCGGGACCUGAUGAGGGACCACAAGGCCUGCCUGCCAGAUGGUGCCACCCGACGCCUCUUCUUCAAGUGGCAGAGAGGCCACCAGCUGGUGCUGAGCAGCUACACCCCGGGAAAGAGAGUACGAUUCCAGAGGAUAUUAAGUUAUGACACCAUUGUCCAGACAAAUGGAGGCUCCUGGCACAUCCCCUAUGAUGAGAAUGGGGCAGAGAGAUGCACUUAUGAAGUUCCACAGAAGUGGCUGUGUCUCACCAACGCAAAAUAAGGACCCGCUUAGAACUGUUUGAUCUUCACAAACCUGUCAAUACAGUGUUCGUUAAUGAAACUAUAGCAUGUGAAAAAGAAUAAAAGACUGAAAAAAAGUUUUGUACUUUUCU